AGGAAAAAGAUGGAUAGAGUAGAGUUCAUCUGUCGGUCUUUUAUUUGCUCUUGUUAUGAGUUCUUCAACUUCAAGAGCCCUUAAGCUACAAUGAAUAUUUUGAUUGUUGUUUUCACACUUCACAUUUUCUCUAAAGGCAUCAGACAGGAGAGGGAUAUGGAAUAUACUGGAUUUUGAAUGGAGAUGACAGCCUUGAGAGCAGUUUAAAGUCUCUGCUCUACAGGACACAAUACAUGUAAAGCCACCCUUAAGUCAAAUACCUAAAAGCCAUGGGCAUCAUUCGUACUGGUUUGGAUGACAACUCCCUCAGCAGCGAUGACAGCUUCGGUGAAUUCUUCCCAGAAACUUUAGAGACUGAGGCUAUCAAGGGCUUAUACUUCCAGCACGCUCAUCGUCUCUGUGGCACCGAGGCCUCACAACUUGAGAUCGAUCACACCCAGACGGCCCUCAUCAACGUGGGGGGCAGCUGUUACACCUUCCCCUGGAGCACCCUGGAGGAUUUCCCCGAGAGCCGCCUGAGUCAGCUGCGCCUCUGCACCACCCCGGAGGAGAGAGCAAAGCUGUGUGACGACUAUGACGAGACGCGCCAUGAAUUCUUCUUUGAUCGUGACCCCGUUGCGUUCAAGGUCAUCAGGAACUUUCUGGCAAGAGGGAAACUCUGCCUGCUGCGGGAGAUAUGCAACGCGGCGCUGCACAGUGAGCUGGAGUACUGGGGCAUUGAUGUGGGACACAUGCAGCCUUGCUGCCGCCACCGUCUGUUGUGCUUCAUGGAUGAUUUGGCCAAGCGGCAGAGCAAGCAUGAAGAAUGGAUGCGGAAGAGGAUGCUGCAGAAAAAGGCUGAGAUGGAAGCAACAGGGCUCUGCAGGCUGUUCUGGCUGCUUGGAGAAGCAGUGGAGAACCCACACUCAGGCUCACCAGGGAAGGUGUAUGCCUGCAUCUCAGUCGCCAUGGUGAUGAUCACUGUCAUCAGUCUGUGCAUCAGCACCGUGCCAGAAUUGCAGAAGGAUGAGGCUAUGAGAUGUGCCAUGUUUGUGGUGGAGUCCAUUUGUGUGGUCUGGUUCACCUUUGAGUUUGUGGUGCGAUUCUUCCAUGCACAGAGCAAGCUGGACUUUGUCAGUGGCCCUCUCAACAUCAUCGAUGCCACUGCCAUUCUGCCCUACUACAUUUCGCUGCUUGUGGACAUUAAAGAUGAUUCUUUGCAGAAUAGCACAGGAAGGAGCUCCCUGGAUAAGCUGGGUCUAAUCCUGCGUGUGAUGAGGGCCCUGCGUAUACUGUAUGUGAUGCGGCUUGCUCGACACUCUGUGGGAUUGCAGACUCUCGGGCUGACGAUGCAGCGGAGCAUGGCCGACUUUGGCCUGCUGCUGCUCUUCGUCUGUGUUGCUGUGACUCUUUUCUCCCCGUUGGUCCACCUUGCUGAGAGCGAGCUGGCGCCAAAAGCUGCCAGAUCCCCGCAGGUCAGCUUCAGCAGCAUUCCAGCAUCCUACUGGUGGUCGAUCAUCUCGGUGACGACCGUGGGAUACGGCGACAUGGUGCCGUACAGCAUCCCCGGCCAGUUAGUGGCACUGAUGAUAAUCUUGUCAGGGAUUCUCAUUGUGGCUUUCCCCUCCACUUCUAUCUUCCACAUAUUCUGCCGCACCUACCUGGACCUCAAGGAAGAGAAUGACAAGCUGCGGAAGGAGGAGAGGGGGGCCGAGCUCGCCACGAAAACCGCAGAAAGCAUGAGAGAAAGAGAUGCGUGGCGAGCAAAAGCAUUUCUGCCACGUUCAGAUAAUCCCUACGCCGUCUCCACAGAAGACAUUGCACGAGCAGUCACACAUAAGAAUAAUCAACCUCCUGCUUCACCUUUGCUCUCCUACAUCUUCAGAAAUGUAUCACACACACACUAGUGUUGACAUAUGUGGAGACUUCAUUGCACCUAAAAUGUAAACUUCAAUGUGUUCACGGUGCAGUCGUCUGCUACGAUCUAUGGAUAAUCAUUCUGUGUCGAGCUCAUAUCUAAUAUCAAAAGUUAGUGUUUGCCUAUCUUCCAAGUCACUGCAGACAAAAAACUGUGUAACAGGAUAUUCGCAUUUGUCACAUUACUGUUGAAAUCAUUCAUCUGAGAAUUACUGGGUCAAGAACACGCCAGGCAGCAGAAAAAUGAUCAAAGCCAAAAUUAAAAUUAUACAAAGCCGAAAUGACAUUUGACUGAAAUGAGGCCACACCGGGCAGAAUUAUUACAUUUGAAAUGUCAAGUACUGUCAAACUAUGAACAGUACGUUUUCUUUCUUUCUUUCUUUCUUUCUUUUGAAGGAUUGCCUGUGGCAUUUGUGCUUGCUUUUGCACAGUGACUAUAGAGAGAGACAGGAAAGAUUAAAGAGAGAGGAUGACGUGCAGCUAAUGGGUCAAGCUGGAAUCGAACUCAGGUCACUGCAAUAACAAUAAGUGGUGAACUCUGGGUGCCGCCAACACUAACAGUCUAAUCUGAAACACCAAACUAAUCCAAAGAGCACUUUUCAUUGUAAGCUGAGGUGCACCCUAAUGGUUUGACUCUAGACAUGUUGUUGUCCACUAGGGGGCAGACAUAAUCUUCUGUUUUAACAAAACAAUAAUGAGCGAUUAUCUCAAACCAUAUACUAAAUAUUGUAUAGCUGCUUCCUGGUGGCCUACUGUCAAAAAAGUUACCUCACCGGCAAUUUCUCCAGUAUUUUAAAGGAAAAAGCCAAAUUUAUGUUUUUGGUAUAUUUUUAAUACACAGUUUUGUUCCACUUGGUAAAGAUAAAUUGGCAAAAUACUUCUAAUACUUCUACUACAACUGGCCUGGAAUUAAUCUUCAGCAAAAACUGAAUAUUGACUGAUUGUGUUAAAGCACCCUGAUCCAGACGGCAGUCAUUCCUAAAGGAGAGACCAGGAGAGCGGGAUGCCAUUGGAAACGAGGCCUGUGAAAGACGGGAGAGCAGGCCAGAAGUUAAUUCUGGACACAGGAUGUUUGCCCCUGAGGAGAGUCAGUGAUUCCAGGAAUACGCCAACAGACACAAAGACAGCCAUAAGGAGGAGAGUUAGGGAUUAUGAGAUGGAAAAAGAUCAAAGGCAGAGAGAGAGAACAAGAGAGAAAGGAAAGAGAGGCAGAGACUCUGUGUGUGUGUGUGUGUGUGUGUGUGUGUGUGUGUGUGUGUGUGUGUGUGUGUAUAUCAUGUGGUACUCGCUGUUCCCUCUUACCCCACUAGAGCCAGUCUGCGGGUCCAGCAGGCCUGUCAUUACAUUCCCCGGGUACAAACUCUGGUCUGCACCGGAAUGUCUGCACCACACACACACACACACACACGCGCGCACACAAAUACACACACAUCUGCACGCACACAGGGCCAAGCAUAUCUCUGUCCAACUCGGUGCUUAUUCCACUAUGAAACAUUUCCACGCUACAGGACACUCUGUCAAUGAGGGGGUGAGUUCACUCAAUCAGCCUCAGUGCUGUGCUCCUGUGUGGAGUAGUGCUGCUGCUGUACGGGACGUUUUCAUGGUGUCCCCCAGGAGCCCAGGUCACAAAUAAAUGAUUUCAGCUGAUUCUUUAUAUUUGCUAAAAGCUGCACAGCAUUUUUUUAAAUUUUUAAUGUCUCAUCGGCUUUAAUCAUAAUAGUGGGGAUGGCUUGGUUUCAAAAUGAGACAUGAUUAUGAAAUGUGUCUAUUAGAAACUGGACUUGCAUAACAUGAUCUGUUGAAACACUCAUUACUUCCUGACACUUUUGGGUUACUCUCCCUGAAAGUUCCAUAAAAACGCAGCAGCAAUUCUUUCCAAUGCACCAAAUGUUCUUUUUAUCAUCAUCCGAAGUAAUUAUCAUCUGUCAGCUGUGUAAACUGCUGUUUCAAUUCAUAUUUACGCCCGCCCCCUUUUAUUUUCUUCGACCAUUUCUCAAUUUUUCAAAUGUAUCAAAAUGUACCAAUGUAUUACUCACUUUGUUACUUUACAGUAAGAAUAGUGGAUUGUAGUUACAUUUUCAGUUAAUGUUAGUCCUACUGUAGAUAUUACCUAGACAUCUGUUCUCCAAAAUGUCAACUUUUAUGGAAAGAAAACAGUCUUAAUUUCAGAUUGAUGGUCAUGGAUUGUUGUGCUCAGCUUAUCAGAUUUUCUAAAGACUGUCAUUACAAGGCAUAAGGGUUGCAAAAUGUAGAAUAAAUUCAUGAUAUGUCACAUGCACAUAUGACAACUGUGAUGUUACUCCUCACUCUCACAUGUUCACCGUGUCCUCAUCUUCAGUCGUGUAUUGAAAUAAAGCUUUAUUUGUUGCUGGUGUGUUA